CCGCACGGCGCGGUGCUUCCGGGCGGCAGCGAUGGCGGCGUAAGGGUCGCUGCGGCGCGGCGGGAUCGGGGCCGGGCAGCGGGCGCGGGGAAGCGCCGAGGCCGCGGGACGGGCCGGGACUCCCGCGCCGCCCCCGCCGCCGCCCAUGUGGCUGCAGCAGCGGCUGAAGGGGCUGCCGGGGCUGCUCUCCAGCAGCUGGGCGCGGCGGCUGCUGCUGCUGCUGGCGCUGCUGCUCGUCGCCUACUGGUACCUGGGGGCGGCGCGGGCGCGGCGGGGAACGGGCCGGGGGAACGAGCCCCGCGGGGCCGCCGCCCUCUGCCUGCAGGCGGCCACGGGCGCCUGGCGGGCGCAGGCCGAGCGCGGCGAUGCGCUGCCGCUGCCCGAGGAGGCGGCGGGCGAAGGGGAGCCGGGGCCGGGCCUGGCGCUGGCGGGGAACGGGUUCCUGCUGCUGGACGUGGCCGCCGGUCGCCUCUGGGUGUCGGCGGCGGGAUCCGGCGGCGGCCCGGCCCUGUCCACCGAGUACCCGGCGCUGGUGCGGCUGAGGGCGCUGGGCGGGCGCGGGGAGGCGCGGGCGGCGCUGGCGGCGCUGCGGGACGGGGCCGUGCGGCGGGUGCGGUGCGUGCAGAGCGGGGCCGGGCCGGGCGGCGGGGACUGCGUGACGCUGCGGGAGGAGGUGGUCGCGCACCGGAGCCGGCCGCACCUCUACCUGCAGCGCAUCCUCAUCGCCAACCCCACCGAGCGGGUGGCCGCCUUCGAGGCCUCGGCCCCGGCUUCCGCGCCCUCGCUGGGCGGCCGCUUCGCCACCAGCCUGGAGAAGGCGGAGGAGCGGCAGUUCCUGCUCUCCUCUGGCCGCCUGCUGCUGCCUGGGAGCACCAAGGUGGUGCUCAUGGUGGUGGCGGCCAAGAAACUCGUGAGCCGGGUGCAGGUGGCACCCAAAUCCCACUUCGACGAGACCCUGCUCUCCGUGGUGUACACCUCCGAGCCCAUCGAGGCCUCCAGGCUGGAGGAGACCUUCAGCAAGCUGAGGGAGGCGGCCAAGAAAGAGAUACUGGAGGUGAUGCAGAUGGGGGUGGAAGAUCUUUUCCAGGAGCACCAACAGACCUGGUCAGACCUAUUCAUUUCAGGGGUUGAAAUGCGAAAGAUCACAGAUGCGCAUACACCAUCCAGUGAGACUGUUAACAUGACCCUCUACUACGUGCUGUCAACCAUGCCGGCUCCUCUGCUCGAUCCGCUCAUUAGUGGCGAGGAGAGAGAGAAAAUGGAAGCCAGUUUGAACUACGCUGACCACUGCUUCAGUGGCCACGCGACCAUGCACGCGGAGAACCUGUGGCCAGCAAAGCUGACCAGUGUCACCCAGAUCUUGCAGCUCUCAGACCUGUGGAAGCUAACGCUCCAGAAACGGGGAUGCAAGGGCCUUGUGGCAGCUGGAGUCCACGGACUUAUGCAGGGAAUGGUGCUGAGUUUUGGGGGUCUGCAGUUCACAGAAAACCAUCUUCAGUUUCAGGCUGACCCUGAUGUACUUCAUAACAGCUAUUCCUUACGUGGGAUCCAUUACAAUAAGGACUUGAUUAACCUAGCUGUUCUGCUGGAUGCUGAAGGAAAGCCCUUCUUGCAUGUGUCUGUGAAGUUCCAAGACAAGCCAGUUAAACUCUACGCGUGUGAGGCAGGCUGUAUGAACGAGCCUGUGGAGCUGACCUCAGAGGCACGAGGUCACACUUUCCCAGUCAUGGUGACUCAACCCAUCACCCCACUGCUUUAUAUAUCGACAGAUCUGAUCCACUUGCAGGACCUGAGACACACACUCCAUCUAAAAGCUAUUCUGGCUCAUGAGGAACACAUGGCCAAGCAAUACCCAGGCUUACCUUUCCUGUUCUGGUUCAGCGUUGCCUCCUUAAUCACAUUGUUUCACUUGUUUCUGUUCAAACUCAUCUACAACGAAUAUUGUGGUCCUGGAGCCAAGCCGCUCUUCAGGAGUAAGGUAUAAGGCUGCUGCGUUUGGCUGCUGUCCACUCAGUGUAGUCAACCUCAUUUUCUGUCAGCGGUGCCUGGAGAGGUUCUGUCUUGGACUGUGAGGAUUUUCAGUCUCUCUUGCAACAAGUGAGCUGUGACCUCUUCUUGCAAGAAGUAGGAUUAGGGCAGGGAUUGGAGUGGUAGGGCUCAUGAACAUUAGAAAGAUAAAACCAUCAUCUGUCCUUAAACAUUUGUAAGGCUGCAGGUCAAGGCAGACAAGAUGAUGUUUCUCAUUAUGCAGGACCGGGAUGCUUGUGAGAGAGCUGCUGUACUUGUCUUUACUACUGCGUGGGAAUCGUGUACACUUGUCUGCCUGGUGUGACUGUGUGAAGAACACACAAGUGCAAGCUGGUGUUCUCAGGUCAAGGUGCUGACUUGUUGGGACUACUGGUAAAUGUUCAUAGAUGUAUAGACACCGUGCAGUGCUCCAUCAAACCACGUUUACCACCGUCAUUUUGGGGAGAUGCCAAGUUAGUGUUUCUCUGAUUCAGACAAAAUGCAUAGCUGUGUUAAGAGAAGCACUGAGUGCUUUUUACUGUGAGUUGGAGGUUCUGACUUCAAGCUCCACCGCAUCUCACUUCGGUGUAAAGGAUUUGAAAUUGUUUUGAGUUGCCUUAGAAAACUUAGUGCUAGUAAAAACUUAGCACAGAAUAGACAACAGAUGGUGAUUUCUGCUCUUAGUGGUGCUCUUGGUUGUGUGUUGAUACAGAGUGGAAAUGAAUGACAAGACUGGAUUUGCCAUGUGAGCUAGCCAUAUUGUUCAGAGGCAUCCCUCCUUCGGGUUGAACAGAGUUAAAUGUGGCUUGUGUUUAAAAAAAGUAAAAUAAAAAAGGCAUGGUUAAAUAGAGCUGUCAGAGGAAAAGUCCUACCAUUAGAUUGCUGUGGUUUUCCAAAUGAUAGAAAAAUUUUCAGAAGGUACUGGACUAAACUCAUUUAAAGUCAGUUGGCAAUUUCCCUCUCAGCUCACUGGCUUUGUAAUGUUGAGCCCUGGAGAUCAGGCCUGAUGCCAGGCAGGUCUGAAUACCUGCCAUCCAUUGAAUGAACAAGAGUGGAAGGUGCUUGUGGCUAGACAAACUAACCUAGGGAGAGGUGGAAUAGAUCCGUCUAUCAAAGACACCUGCAGUUAUAAGCCUGUGAUCAUGAUCAGAGCCAUAGUGCAAAAGGAGGAAGUGGUCAGGAGGUAAUUUAAAUUAUUUUGUAUACAGCUGCACCCUGAUAAUGUCCUGAAACAUGUCCUUGAAACUAUAAAAUUAUGUCCUUUUCUCACUGCUAUCAGGUUGCCUUUGCCACCCACAAGUCUUGCCUUCUGCCUUUUACAGAGUGACUGGUUAACCGUUACUGCAGGUAACUGUCCUGACACUGUGCUCUGACAUGCUGAGGAGCUUCACAGCUGCACACCGGGGCUGAUGUAACAGCUCCUCCUCUUGACACUGCAAAAAGCCCUGCAGUGUACAGCAAACAGCUCUCUUGCCUCUUCUUAAUUGGACCUGCUUAAUGAAGAUGAUGCAGGAUUUGAUUCCAGAAACAGGGAGCAGAAUCUUUGUAGCAGGAAGCAAGAUUAAUGGUAUUGAAAUAAUGACCUGCUUCAUUAAUUGAAUGGGAACAUCCCCGUGUCCAAGUGAACUUAGUCCUGCUUUCAGCCUCCAUUUGCACAAGACAUGUGACAAUUUUGCAGCUGAGAACAAGGACCUUUUGAAAGCAACAACCCUUUUGUGCCUUGUUAAGAGAGGAAUCUGAGACUUGCAAGGUAUGGUUCUUCAAGAGUUUAUCCCAGAAGCUUGUGUAACAGAUGUUUCUUUUUCCUUGUAAGCUGUUCAGUUCCCUAAGAGUAAUCCAUUUAUUGAAAAUACUUGAAGAUAUACCAGUAUUUUGAUUUGUUUGUUUUUUAAUUUUACAGGAAAAUAAAGAAUGAUGGUUCCCUUCAGAGAGUUAACUAGAAACCUUUAGUGUAACCUCCUUUCUGGUAUACAUUUUUUUAAUUUAUUGCUCAGGGGGAGGGAGAGGAUGUUAAUUUUGCUUCCACUUCAGUAACAAGUCAGUCAAUUGAACUGUAGAUAUCUACGUGCUGGUAGCAGGUUUUUCAGCCUUUAUCAUUGCAGAGUGCAAAACCAAUUUAAGGAAAUUGUUUUCUGGAUUUACACUUGGAAAUGCUGAUCUGCAGGUUUCCUAUUCUGAGCAUAUUGAGACUUUGUGCAUUGAUUUGUUUUGGCUAUGGGGGGAGACAUCCCACUUUCUAGUGAUUUAAAGAUUGUUUGGUUUUAAAAUACCAAAGCUGUUGUUUCUAAAUAAAUAUCUUUCAGUCUAAUCUGA